AUGGAGACUAUCCUGGAGCAGCAGCGCCGCUACCACGAGGAGCGCGAGCGGCUGAUGGACGUCAUGGUCAAGGAGAUGCUCACGCGGAAGUCCACGCUUCGAGACCAGAUCAACUCGGACCACCGCACGCGGGCCAUGCAGGAUAGAUACAUGGAGGUGAGCGGCAACUUGAGAGACUUGUACGACGACAAAGACGGGUUGCGGAAGGAAGAACUCAGUGCCAUUUCAGGGCCCAAUGAGUUUGCUGAGUUCUACAAUCGUUUGAAGCAGAUUAAAGAGUUCCAUCGGAAACACCCAAAUGAGAUUUGUGUGCCGAUGUCGGUGGAGUUUGAGGAGCUCUUGAAGGCUCGGGAGAAUCCCAGUGAAGAGGCUCAGAACCUUGUGGAGUUCACUGAUGAAGAAGGAUAUGGCCGCUACUUGGACCUGCAUGACUGUUAUCUCAAGUACAUUAACCUCAAGUCCUCAGAGAAAUUGGAUUAUAUCACAUACCUGUCCACUUUUGACCAGCUUUUUGACAUUCCUAAGGAGAGGAAAAAUGCUGAAUACAGGAGGUACCUGGAGAUGCUCCUGGAAUACCUGCAGGAUUAUACAGACCGAGUGAAGCCAUUGCUGGACCAGAACGAGCUGUUUGGCAAAAUCCAGGCAGAAUUUGAGAAGAAGUGGGAGAACGGCACUUUCCCUGGUUGGCCGAAAGAGACCAGCAGCGCCCUCACCCAUGCUGGGGCCCACCUGGACCUGUCAGCCUUUUCUUCCUGGGAGGAAUUGGCCUCCCUUGGACUGGACAGGCUGAAAUCUGCACUGCUGGCUUUGGGUCUGAAAUGUGGUGGGACUCUAGAGGAACGUGCUCAGAGGCUGUUCAGCACCAAGGGCAAGUCUCUGGAGGCCCUUGACCCUUCUCUCUUUGCCAAGAACCCAAAGACAAAGGGGAGCAAGCGGGACACUGAGAGGAACAAGGACUUGGCUUUCCUGGAGGCUCAGAUCUAUGAGCACGUGGAGAUUCUUGGGGAGCAGCGGCAGCUGACUCAUGAAAAUGUGCAGCGCAAGCAGGCACGGACCGGUGAGGAACGCGAGGAGGAGGAGGAGGAACAGAUCAGCGAGAGUGAGAGUGAAGAUGAAGAGAAUGAAAUCAUCUACAACCCCAAGAACUUGCCCCUUGGGUGGGAUGGCAAACCCAUCCCUUAUUGGCUGUAUAAGCUCCACGGCCUGAACAUCAACUACAAUUGUGAGAUCUGUGGGAACUACACCUACCGUGGGCCCAAAGCUUUCCAACGACACUUUGCGGAAUGGCGCCACGCCCAUGGAAUGCGAUGCCUGGGAAUCCCCAACACAGCUCACUUUGCCAACGUCACGCAGAUUGAAGAUGCUGUUUCAUUGUGGGCAAAGCUGAAGCAACAGAAGGCUUCGGAGAGGUGGCAGCCGGACACAGAAGAGGAAUACGAGGAUUCCAGUGGGAAUGUGGUCAACAAGAAGACCUAUGAAGAUCUGAAGCGCCAAGGCCUGCUGUGAUCAGAGGAGACGUUGGCCUGACACACCCCACCCCAGACCUCCCAUGUUGCGUGUGUGCCUGUUCUUCCCCCCUCCAUGGGAGCAGGUGCUUCAAGGACACUUACAGCUCACAGGGUGAUGAUUCCUGUAACAAUUUUUUCAUAAAAAAUAAACCUUAGUUUUAAAGGCAGAAGGAAUGGGCA